UUGGGAUAGGCCAUAACAAGCAUCCAACAAGGCGUCGUGCCUCGAAUGGGAGGAUUUACUAAAUCGAACCGAGAUAAAAUAACGACCCGAGACUUGUUUUUGAUUGACACUAUCGUCGGAAAAUAAGCUGGAAGUCAACGCAAGUUGAGAAUCGAGCGGCGAGAGAGGACGCUGACGUCGAGCAGAGUUGGAGAAAGAAGCUGCUUUUUUUCCUCUUCAGGGACAACUUGGGUCGGAGUACCGCCCGAACUGGAGAGUCGGUACCGGAGAAAAAACACGACCAAUGACUGCUGCCCACUCCCUGAAUGAUCACACCCGUUUGCCUUCCUCUGGGUGAGAUUGUCAUGUCAGCAUUCAUGAUCGGCGAACUCUUCCACCCUGGCAUGGCAGAGUGGGCCCGGGGCUCAGAGGACUCUUCUGCAGAUCCCAGUCUGACCCGAAAGGUGGAUCAAGUCUGAGCAGAAUGACUCAGCGGGAGGGGGGGCCUCCAGUCAGCAAGUGAAGAAACCAGAGGAUGGGGGCCAAUGGAUCCAGCUACCCGCACUCGUGCUCCCCACGGAUCGGGGGAAAUGCUCAUUCCCAGACUUUCAUAGGACCGUCUGCAUACUCCCAGCAAGGAUACAGUUGGGAGUCCAAGCUUUACAGCCUGGAUCACAGUCAUGAGCGGCCGGCGGACAGGAAGAAGAAGAGCCUCGGCCUGGCCACCCUCAAGCGCCGCUUCAUCAAACGGAGAAAGUCCAGUCGCUCAGCAGAUCAUGCCCGGCAGAUGCGGGACCUCUUGUCUGGAUGGGACUUCUGUGAUACGAAGGCUCUGGUGGAGGAGUUUGAGGGCACGGCCGCUCUUAAGGAGCUGAGCUUUCAGGCCAGCCUAGCCAGAGCUGAAGCUCCCAGCUUGCCCCGGGAUCUGGCCGCUCUCUAUCAGCAUAAGUACUGCACUGAUGUGGACCUCAUCUUCCAGGGGACCUGCUUCCCGGCACACCGGGCCAUUUUGGCGGCCCGCUGCCCUUUCUUCAAGACCCUUCUAUCGUCUUCACCUGGUUAUGGAGCCGAGGUCCUCAUGGACAUCGAGACGGCAGGCAUAGAUGUGCCCAUGUUCUCUGCCCUGCUUCAGUACUUGUACACCGGGGAGUUUGGGUCCGGAGUCACAGAAGAUUCCAGACUGCAGAAUGUAGAUGUGCUGGUUCAGCUUAGCGAGGAGUUCGGGACACCCAACUCCCUGGAGGCAGACAUGAAGGGCUUGUUCGACUACAUGUGCUACUACGAUGCUCUGCUCAGCUUCUCCUCAGACUCAGAAAUGGUGGAAUGUUUUAAUGAGCGGGGGGCAACUUCAGGACCAGUGGCUGGUGUUUCAGGAGGGAGCACUGGACCAGGGACCCCAGAUGAGGACUUGAGGGCCCACAAAGCCAUCCUCUCUGCGCGCUCACCUUUCUUUAGGAACCUUCUACAGCGGCGCAUCCGUACCGGCGAGGAGAUGACGGAACGUACACUACAGACGCCAACCCGCAUUGUGUUGGAUGAGUCCAUCAUACCCCGAAAGUAUGUCCAGGUGAUCCUCCACUGCAUGUACACGGACGUGGUGGAGCUGGGCCUGGUGCUGCGGGGCAGUCCCUCUGCAGGUAGCUUAGGGGAGGUGCAAGCUCUGGUGUCAGGAGGCCGAGGGGCCAACACCCGCACAGAAGAGGCCAUGGAGCUCUACCACAUCGCUCUGUUCCUGGAGUUCAGCAUGUUAGCUCAAGGCUGUGAGGACAUCAUUGUGGAGAGUCUGUCACUGGACUCCCUGGUCCCCAUCCUGAAGUGGAGCUCGCAGCCGUACGGCUCCAAGUGGGUCCACCGCCAGGCCAUGCACUUCCUGUGUGAGGAGUUCAGCCAGGUGGUCAGCUCAGACGUCCUGUAUGAACUCAGCAAGGAGCAUCUUCUCAACGCCAUCCAGUCCGACUACCUGCAGGCGAGUGAGCAGGACAUUCUCAAGUAUGUGGUUAAGUGGGGCGAGCAGCAGCUGAUAAAGAGGAUGGCAGACAGGGAACCCAACCUGUUGAGUGGAACGGCCCACAGCGUGAACAAGAGAGGAGUGAAGCGUAGAGACCUCGAUGUGGAGGAGCUGAAGGAGAUCCUGUCGCCUCUGCUGCCCUUCAUCCGCACCGAGCACAUCCUGCCUCCUCACAGCGACGUCCUCUCUGACGCACGCAAGCGGGGUCUGAUCUGCACCCCUCCGUCUGACAUGCUGCCCACAGCUGAGGAGGGAAAGGCCAACGCCUGGCUACGGCAGAAGAACGCCGGCAUCUACGUGCGGCCGCGCCUCUUCUCGCCAUACGUGGAGGAGGCCAAGUCGGUGCUGGACGAGAUGAUGGUGGAGCAGACCGAUCUGGUGCGCCUCCGAAUGGUGCGCAUGUCCAACGUUCCAGACACACUCUACAUGGUCAACAACGCUGUGCCACAGUGCUGUCACAUGAUCAACCACCAGCAGAUGUCCGUCAACUCCACCGCAGCGCCGUCGGUGGUGGCCAAUGAGAUCCCAGUGCCGCAGCUGUCAGUGGUGAGAGAGAUGAUCCGACGGCUGCAGGAGAUCCGACACAUGGAGCAGGUCCAGCGAGCGUAUGCCCUCAACUGUGGAGAGGGAGCCACCGUCAGCUACGAGCUGCAGCUCAGAGUCCUGAGAGAAUUCGGUCUUGCUGAUGGAGCCACAGAGUUGCUGCAGAACCCAUACAAGUUCUUCCCAGACGAACGCUUCGGAGAUGAGAGUCCGAUUCUGGCUCUCCGCCAGGUGGGUCGCUGCCGGGUGAACAGCAGCCCAGCCAUGGAUAGCAUGUUCACCGAGCUGGAGGGAGUAGCCGGCUUCCACCCGCCCCUGCCUCCCCCACCUCCCCCCUACCACCCUCCCGCCACACCCAGCCACGCACAGCUCAAGGGCGCCUGGCGACCCCGGGUGCCCCUGCCCACCCCCACCCGAUCCUUCUCCUACCCCUGCAACCGCACACUAAUCCAGCGGCACGCGGCAGCCAAGCAUGGCGGCUCCGAGUUCUCCUCGGUGCCCAGACCCCAGCCCCCCGACUGCACCAACACCCAGGUUCUGGGCCGGGCUUUGCUUUCCGAGCAGCAAGCGAUGCACACAGAGCCGGUGAUGAGGGAGUUCAUGCCUGACAUCGCGCUGGGCGUCUCUGUCAUGUCCCUGAGGGAACAGCAUAUGUCCGAGAUGGAUCGCGAGGGUCCUCACAGUCCGAUGGGUCCCCCAGCCCACCACCUUCCACACGGCCCGUGCCCCUCCAUCCGCCUCAGCCACGGACAUGGUCCCGGCCAUGGACACUCCUGCAAGCGCCAUGCCCCCGAGCCCAAGCUGGAAGCUCAAGCCGAAUUCCCAGACCUCUACGACUUCUCCUGUCGACCCGCGACCCCGACCUCUGCUCAUCCCCUGCCCCCUUUUCCGGGGCCAGAUCUCUACAGCCACAGCUGCCCCCCGACCGGCCCCUACCCUCCCCCGUACGUGUCUGACUCUCAGGGUCAUCCACAGGGACGGACUCCUCCUGACCCGCUACGGUUGGACGUUCUCAGCAUGACCACUCAGAGGCACGAUGGCGGUCUCGCUAGCCCGUCUGGAGCACCACACAGGAUGGGCCACUUUUCAAGGGGCCGCUCAAAUGAGACGGACCUGACUCACGGCCUCGGUCACUUGCGUUCACCCAGCGGGAACAUGGACAGCUACGAAGGGGGGCACUCCGGAACCAGAGAGGAGGAGAUGGUUGUGGGCGAGUCGUCGAGCUCAGGGGCACAUCAGCAGACCCACAGGAACAGUGUCAGCGAGGAGAUGGUCCGAGACCGUCGCUCUCCCAGCAAGCCGGACUACCCCUACAAGAAAUCUGCACUUUAACUCUAAAAGGGAAAGGGAAGCGGCUCAGCACUAAGCGCGUGUGUGUGUGUGUGUGUGUGUGUGUGUGUGAGAGAGAGAGAAUGUGUGUUAUAAUGGAUGAGGUGCGGGGUGGUGGUCUUGAGGGUCGUAGUCCUACCUCGAUCAUCUUCACAGCAGGGGGACUUGUCUGCUUGUAGUUCACUUGUCAAGAGCAGCGACUGCUGAGGUCACCACAUUUCAUGUAGCUUAAUCACCAAGGUGACCAAUGAACCGACGCUAGCAACCGCCGAGACACUAACAGACACUGAGUCGAUCACGCAUGCUUGUGUAGCGCACAACUUCCUGUGUCUUAAGUACCAAGUUUGCCGUAACUCAAGCUGCCAUGACGUGGAGCUAAUCCGCAGUAAAUCUUUUGUUUACAUCUCACCCAAGUUUUACACCGUUGUUUGUACAAUCUAGCGCACCCACUGGUGGGACAGAGGAUCACCUGCACUUGUCCUCACAACACAAAAGCGCAUAUUUAUUCUUGACGUUAUGCUUCCGUACCGGUUUCCGCCUUCGAAUUGUUGACAGCUGAUUCGUUCGCAUGCAGUGAUUUGUUACACCUUUGCGGCAGUAAGAUGCGCUCAGCUUCCUGACGCGGAAGCUUUGGCUUUGCUAGUUGACAAAAAGCUGCCGACUUUUGUUUCUUUUCUAGGCCAGGCUUGUGUACAAGUCAGCUUCAAGUGUCACUUCAAGCAUGUCAGCUAUAUGCGAGCUGAACAGUGAAUUUAUGGAUAUAAAUUUGUCAGUUUUGGGCAGCCUUUUUUAACAUUUUGAGCUGGCCCCGCCCCACUGCAUUUACAUGAGGACGAGUCAUUGGUGGAACUCUAUGUAGCAGUUAAUUUUUCGGUUAAAUAUAUCCGAUCGUCAUGAUGAAGGUUCGUGUUAAAACGUUGACUUUUUGCAUCUUGUUGAGGCAUGAGGGUGCUGCAGCUCACACCUUUGACAAAGCUUUAGUGGUCUCAGCUCUGUUUACAAUCCCAACAGCACAGUCUGGAUCAAAAUAAACCUGCCCCAGUUAGGCUCCCGGUUCCACCCAGCGGUUCCCACAGACUCAUCUCUGGUCCCGUAUGACCUGCUCACAGGAAUCAGAAACUGGAUCCUGGAGGAAGUAGGUCAUCCUGGUCUCCUGUAACCGGGUCGGGAUUCAAAUCCAGUGACACCUCGGAGAGUGGGUUGUCACGGCAACCAACCACAGGAGUAGGCAGGCUCAACCACACCAGUACCGUACCUGCUGUGUUUGUACAUAUCCAGUUGGAUUGGGGCGCAGCCAACGUUCCAUCAGCCGGAUCCAAACAGGUUGAGAUCAGUUCGCGCCAGGAACGUCUCACCUUCUUCCUAAUAAUGAUGUCAUUCUAUUGCUUACCUGACUGUUCUGUUCACUGUGAACACCUUGCGGCGGAAGAAGGCGGCAUCCACACGGCGUUCUCUCUACUGUAUUCAGAAUUUGGGACUCAUAAAGCGACGUUAGCUCUGGUUACGUCCCGAUUGGCCUGUAACAUAUAAAUAUGUUCAGAGUUUACUCGCGCAAUUGUAGCAUUGUUUACUGCGCAUCAUCUUGGCUUGGCUGCUAACAAAUCACGUGACUAGUUCAAACCCAGACCAGGAAGUAAACCAUCGGUUGACCGCCACGGUUAAGUUCUGCAGGCACACAUACUAUUGUUGCACUGUAACGCCCCCUGGUGUUUUGUCAUAAAGAACAAAUGAAUUCCGAACAAAAAAAAAAAUUGGACAACUGCGAUCCAAGUCACGAUCUCCGGCUCAUACCAGCGGGAAUUGUAAAUAACGAAUUAACAUUUGUGUCUUUUUAUGUUAAGUGGUUGUUGAAGGUCCUUUUUUGUGGUGGAAAAAGAAUCCAGCUGUGUCUUUGUUGUAGUAGUGUGAAUGACUUUGAUUUGUAAUGUUUUCUAUGGACUUUAAAACCUAGCUGUGGAGGAGUCCGUGCCUUCCUCGCCACCACCCGCCAUCGUCGGGGUCGGCGGCGCCUAUGCAAGUGCUCGACCAGCUGACCAGCCUGCAUCAGUUCUCAUGUAGCUACUUUUCCUGUAAAUAUUUAGCACCUUUUUUUGUUUUCUUUCUCCCCCGUUUGUAAACUGCGUGCUGGUAAUGGAGUUGUUCACAGGUCUACGUUGUCCUCACAGAAGAAAACACGUCUCAUUGUAGUUUCACUGAAUCUAUUUUUCUACUGCGCCUCUGAGGGUGCUGACCAGUCGUUCACGUUUGCAUCAUACGAAAUAAACUGUUUUAAUAUGACUUGAACGCUGAUUAUUUGUCUCACCUACAGGGGGCGACACGCAAACUACUGUACAGUCCUGCUUGUGUUGGCUUCGGUGGGGCCGUCAACUCGAAAUGG